AUGGAGGUGGGAAAUCACACCCGAGUCAAAGAGUUUAUACUUCUGGGCCUUACUCGGUCCCAAGACCUGAGCUUGGUCUUAUUUCUGCUUUUGUGCUUUGUGUAUGUGGUAACGCUGCUGGGCAACCUGCUCAUCAUGGUCACAGUGACCUGCGACACCCGCCUUCACACCCCCAUGUACAUCCUGCUCCGCAACCUCUCCGUUCUCGAUAUCUGCUUCUCCUCCAUCACUGCGCCCAAGGUCCUAGCAGAUCUUCUUUCAAGGAAAAAGACCAUCUCCUUCGAUGGCUGCUUCACCCAGAUGUUCUUCUUCCACCUCCUGGGCGGGGCGGACGUCUUUUCUCUCUCUGUCAUGGCCCUGGACCGCUACGUGGCCAUCUCCAGGCCCCUGCACUACGUGACCAUCAUGAGCAGGGGGCGCUGCACGGCCCUCAUCGCGGCCUCCUGGCUGGGCGGCUUCCUCCACUCCAUCGUGCAGGUGGCCCUCCUGCUGCCGCUGCCCUUCUGUGGACCCAACGUUCUGGACACUUUCUACUGCGACGUCCCACAGGUCCUCAAGCUCGCCUGCACGGACACUUUUGCCCUGGAGCUCCUGAUGAUCUCCAACAAUGGCCUGGUCACCAAACUGUGGUUUGUCUUCCUGCUUGUGUCCUACGCGGUCAUCCUGGUGAUGCUGAAGUCUCACACAGGCGAGGGCAGGAGGAAAGCCAUCUCCACCUGCACCGCCCACGUCACCGUGGUCACCCUGCACUUCGUGCCCUGCAUCUACGUCUACGCCCGGCCCUUCACCGCCCUCCCUGCGGACAAGCCCAUCCACAUCACCUUCACAGUCAUCUCCCCGCUGCUCAACCCCCUGAUCUACACACUGCGGAACCAGGAGAUGAAGUCGGCCAUGCAGAGACUCAGGAGAAGGCUUAGACCUUCUGAAAGGGAAUAA